AUGGCUCCUCUCCCAGCGCCUUUCGCCGGGCUGUCCGCCCGUGGUCUGGCGAAGGCCGUGCGGCGGAAACUGAGGAGCGCCGCGCGUCGCAUCUCCGACUCGGCUUUCUGUCGUUUCUGCUCCUUCGUCGCCCACGCUUCUCAGGCUGCUGCGCGGCGGCCCUCCGCGUCUCUGCUUCAUCGCUGUGCCGUUCUGGGCCACCACCGGGAAGACUGCGACGCGAACUGUCCCUCUACGCGGGAGAAGUGUCCCGAGAGUCUCCUGCCGCACGCUUCUGGGGUCUCUGCGCCUGCCGGUGCGUCGUGUGCGGCGCAGCCGGAUGCCGCCGCUGUACGUACACCGCAGAAGGCAGGCGGACGGUCGAUCGUCGCUCAGUUGCUUGGCCGUUUCUCGCGGUUCACGUGCUGUGGAGUGGUCAGCAAAAGUCUUCGUUUCCUCGCCCGCUUGCUUCCUUCUCUGGCCGUUCUGUUGUUCGCCGUCGCCACGCUUGUCUACUUUGUGUACGUGCAGCCUGCAAUCUGCAUCCCGGACGCCGACUCCGAAGACGCCUUCCCCCUCCUUCUCCCGCCUCUUCAACUCCGGCUGUCGCUCCAGGCGCAGCGCGGGGGCGCCUCCGAGGGUGCGGAGAGUUCGGCUGCAAACGCCGAGCAAGUGCGUCUCUUGAACGCGGCGUUCUGGGCAAACCCCGUUCUGGCGGCGGUUCAGGACUUGCAGGCAGUGCCGCUGUGCACGUUUCUCAGUGUGUUCCUGCUCCUGAAUGCGCUGUACAACUUUUACUUCGCCUGUGCAGUCGAUCCUGGCCGCCCCCCCGUCCUCGUGGCGAAACGCGAGGACAACGGCGUCACGGAAGAAGUCUUCGUGUACACAACGGAGCGCGGGGAGACGGAAACCGCGUCGUUCACCUUGUCCCCUUCGUCCAGUCCUGCCGCUCCGGGCGCGUCGGUCGACAGCUCGUGGCCGCGCUGCGCCUCGCCACGCCGUGCAGCCACGCCCCGUCUCAGCCCGAGUAGGACUCGCCCCGUUCCGCCUCCGGCAGCAGCGCCGAGCCUGGGGGAGAUCGAGGCGAGUCUUGCUCCGGAUGAGGCGCGCCAGGCGCGGACACCUCCGUUCACUCCCGCGACAGCCGCGUCUUCUCCAGGCGCGUCCGGCGAGCUCGUGCAGAAGCCAGUGCCGCGACGAGACCGACGAGAGGACGCGGCGCGCGGAACGCCGGACCCAAGUUUCGGGGAGGGCCCGAGCGCUCCGGACGACGUCGGCGACUUCGGCGACUUCGAGGCAGACGUUCGGUUUCUGCUCCCCGCUUCUCGAGCGCUGCGUCCCGUGCAGAGCUACGCAGCCCAGCGCGCUGGGGGCUCCUCGCCCGGGCGCACCUCUUCGCUUCGCCCGAUCCGCUCUCCGGCCUCGUCUUCCCCGUCUCAUCCUUCGUCUGCUGUUCCCUGUUCCUCUCCGCUGCCUUCUCCGGGACCGCGCGCAUCUGGGCGGCGAGACGCUUCGGCGCUCUGUGCGGGCGGCCAGCUGACGUCUCGCCUGGUCCCUCACUGCGUGAAGUGCGGGGCAGUGAAGCCGCCGCGAAGCCAUCACUGCCGGAUUUGCAAUCGGUGCGUGCUGAAGCAAGAUCACCACUGUCCGUGGCUGAAUCAGUGUGUAGGCCUGCACAACUACCGCUUCUUCUUCCUCUUUGUGUUUUUCCUCUUCCUCCUCAUCGUCCACACGCUCUGGGUAAUGCGCUUCUCUCUGUACGGCGCCUUCGCCUUCCGGAAGAUCGUCGCCGAAAGCCGCGCACACCAUGCACGGCUCCUCUCCGAGCAGUUUGCCAUCGUGCGCCGCAUGCAAGUCCUCCAGGCGGAGGGCCGGGCACCCGUGCGCAGCCUGAUCGGCGAAGACGGAGAAGGCGCUUUCCUCGCGGCUGUGGAGAGUCUGCGCCGCCGGCCGCCUUCGGGGAGGGAGGAAACUGCGGGGGGCCGAGAAGGAAGCUUCUUUUCUCUCGGCCGACUCCUCCGCCUCCCGUUCUGGUUUCACGCCUUUCUCCUGUCCUUUGCGGAGGGAGACGCCGACGACGCGGUCGCGUGGCGAGGCGAGGAAGUCCCGGACGACGCGGUCUGGGCACUCGUGAAGGAACUGGAAGAGACGCUCCAGACGAGACACGAAGCGGCGCUGCGCGACGCGCCAGACUUGGCGCGACAGGUCGCGGCCGCGCGGUCCCCAGAGGAGUCGGAGCUGCGGGGUGACGUGUCUUCUCCCCGCGUGGCAAGCGCAGUCGAAGAUGCAGCCACAGAGGCUUUGAAGCUGGCGAGGCGCCUCGCCAGGCAACGCAUCGGCCCGAUUCCGUACGCGUUUCGGACCCUGGUCGUCGUGGAGCGAAUUCUGCAACACCAACGGGAGGCAGCCGCCAUCCUCGACAGACAGCGCGAGAGACGCAAGAGCGAAGGCGACGCAACCGAGGACGAACGGGAAACGUCCUGGAGAGACCCCGCCUGGUGGCUGUGGCAAACGUGGGAAAGACAGGCGAUUCUGUUCCUCGGGCUCCUCACGCUGAACGUCGGCGUAGCCAUCACGGCGCUCGUCUUCUUCCACGUCUACCUUCUCCUCGGAAACCAAACAACAAUCGAAAUGCAGCGGAACUGCGCUACUCGGCGGAGACUGUGCAGUCUCUCCGCAGCCGCUCCCAGCUCGUCAUCGCCCGCACCGUCUGCUGGCCCGAGCCCCAGUUCAGGGUAUUCUCUGCCGUCUGCCGUGCCGCCGUCGGAGGUUGGCGUCUCCCCUUCUCUCUCGUCCUUCUCUUCGUCGUCUCCGCCUUGGCAAAACGUCGUCGAGCCUUCCAGCGCAGCGCCUUCGAAGGCGCCGAGCUGUGCGCAUGCACUUCCGGAGUCGGAUCUUCUGGGGCGCGUGGAGCCGCGCGACCUUUCGCUUCUCGGGUUUUUUCUGCUGUUUCUGAGGUCCUCGAGUCCGUCUGCGCUCCUACCCUUCCACAAAGGCCUGCGAGAGAACUUCCGGGAAGUCUUUGGUCCGUCGCCGUUUCCUCUCUUCCUCUUUCCGUUUCUGGCGCGUCCGCCCGAGCGAUCUGUCGAGGAGAUCCUGGGGAGAGCCGAGACUGAGCAAGGUGCGCGCGCCUCGUGUGCGGGGGGCGAGAACCUUUUCCGCAGCGCCGCUCUUCAGUUGGUGGCUGCCGACGCUCCUCGGCGCCUGUCCGUCUGGUGCUUGAACCUUCUGCAGGGGUUCAGACAAGCUGCGCGCGCUGGAAGUCUGCCCAGAUUUGGUUUUCAAGAAAAGCAACGCUCCGGUUAA